CCGCUUUACGCGUGUGCGCUUGUGUGGGGGGGGAUAUAGCCGUAAUGGUACAGUGCACAUAAGGAAAAGCGGCCUGAGUCCAGGAAGUAAAGUGACAUGAUAACCUAAGGGUUGGUCACCUCUUCGCUAUUCUUGGUUUUACGCUUUGGAGAGCGCUAUGCCGACGCAGCGAGUGUCCGCUUUGCCUCGGCAGCAAUCCCUUCUCCUGCCCGCGGUUAUCAACCCCUUCGUACAGGACACAAACCUGAGCAGAGCCUCUAUUCUCCGUUGUGCUCUGAUAGGGAUCGUCCUGGUCCCUCUCCGGGCCAUCCUCAUGUCUCUGGUUCUCAUGGUAACGUGGCCAGUCUCACUUAUCAUAACCUUCAAGUAUCCCCUGAAGGGAGCCGUGGAGCCAAUGACAGGAUGGAGACGGUUCUUGUGUGAGAAUGUGAUGGCUAGAUUGGGGAGGUUGUACUUCUUCAGCAUGGGCUUCAGGGUGGUGGUGAAGGGGAAGCAGGUGAGCAGCAGUGAAGCUCCUAUCCUGGCUGUGGCACCACACUCCACAUUCUUUGAUGGGAUUGUUUGCCUUAUGGCUGGUCUGCCCUCCACAGUGUCGCGUGUAGAAAACCUGGCUACACCUAUCUUUGGCCGGUUUGUGCGCUGUCUUCAGCCAGUGUUGGUAUCCAGAAAAGACCCUGACUCUAGGAAGAAUACCAUAAAAGAGAUUGAAAGCCGAGCUAAGUCGGGAGGUCACUGGCCACAGCUUCUAAUAUUUCCAGAGGGAACUUGCACAAAUCGCUCAUGUCUUAUUACCUUUAAACAAGGUGCCUUCAUUCCAGGUGUUCCUGUACAACCUGUGAUUUUAAGAUAUCCAAAUAAACUGGAUACAGUGACCUGGACUUGGCAGGGAUUUGGCUCGAGCACUCUACUCCUCCUUACAUUAUGUCAGCCCUACACCACAGUGGAGAUAGAGUUCCUUCCUCCAUGCAUUCCCUCAGAGGAGGAGAAGAAAAGUCCUGCCCUGUUUGCAAGCCAUGUGCGAGAUGUAAUGGCCAGGGCUUUGGGUGUUCCUGUCACUGAUCACACUUAUGAAGACUGUCGCCUCAUGAUCUCUGCUGGAGAAUUGACCUUACCAAUGGAGGCCGGGCUGGUAGAGUUUACCAAAAUUAGUCGCAAACUAAAUUUAAAAUGGGACAAUGUGAAGAAGGAGUUAGAGGGAUUUGCCAAUGUUGCAAGAUCAUGCAAGGGAGGACGCAUUACCAUAGAGGAGUUUGCCAAAUUCCUUCAUCUGCCUCUUAAUCCAGUCCUCGAAGAACUAUUUGCACUUUUUGACAGGGAUGGAGAUGGCACCAUAGACUUCAGAGAAUAUGUUAUUGGGGUGACAAUCUUAUGUCGACCUGCCAACACAGAGGAUGUUCUCCGUAUGGCUUUCCGGCUGUUUGACACAGACGAGGAUGAGAAAAUCACUCAUGAGGAGUUCACUGCUCUUCUGCGCUCUGCUCUGGGUGUGUCCAGUCUCAACAUGACCAAGCUCUUCAAGGAGAUUGAUGCAGACGGUUCUGGCUUUAUCACAUUCAGUGAAUUCCAAGCCUUUGCACUGAGACACCCAGAGUAUGCCAAACUCUUUACUACGUACUUGGAGCUUCAGAGAUACCAGGCCAUUCAGGAAGCCUCACCUGGGGAUCUGGAACUGAGCGGUCACGGCAUUUCAGAGAUGGAGGACAGUAUCUCAGACAAGAAAGAUGACUGACAACUUGGAGUGAGGAGUGACAAGGGUAACACUCAUCUCAGAAAUCUCAAUAGUGUUUUUGUUUUUUUUGACUCCAACCAAAUUAAUUAUGUUGUUCACAACACAUUUGCUAUUAAGAUCCUUCACCACAUUGGCAGGACCAAUUUAAGAAGUUUUAUCAUAAUGUUUUUAUUAUUUUAUUAACAAAAAAUGGGCAAUAUCUGUACACUGGGAUUAUAUUUUAAUACAUAAUCUCUGUAGAAUAUAGACAAAAAAGUGGACAAUGUUCUUAUUACAUACAUUUUGAUGCCAUACAAACAAGAGUUAACCCUGAGUUGUUAUUUGUCAUAACGUCAUGCAAUGGUUACAUACUUUUUUCUAAAACAUUGCUUGUGAGCUUCUGCUAUGAAUUAUAGUGCCUUAUAUUUUAAACCCACUAAGGUCUUAAACGGAUGUAGAAUAUGAGUUACGAUCACACCUCAUUUCUCUUCACUUCAUUUCAAGCAACCAGUUGUAUUGAGUCCUAUAUGAACUGAGCGCUUCUUCAUUGUGGUUUCCUGUAAAUAGGUGUGAAAUUUACUACAUCGACAUAAUUUUUAAACAGAAGCAAAGACUCCUUGUGUUCCUGUGUUGCAGUAUAAUUAGUACUUCAUUAUGAUCUCCUAUUGCUAGCCCACCAUGUUCUGUCUACUACACAUGCUGUGUUUUACACUUUUUGCUGCGCUCAGGGACACAGACCGUUGUAAGAUAUAAUUAGCCAGAGGUUUGCUUUGCAUGUGUAUCCAUUUGCAUUUCCACUGAAGAUUCGUGUUGCUGAGUUUGCAGUACAGGUUUAACUUUGUGGAUUUACUAAAACAAAUCCACUGUGGAAAAAAAUAGGGCAAUUUGUGAGCAAAAAGGCAACAGCUCUCCACGCAUAUAACAGUCCAGCAGGGUAUAUAGUUAUUUAUACUGUGCAACCAUUAAAUCAUUAUUUUCUCUUUUUGUUAAUACAGCAAAUUUUCUGUUCAAAAUAAACCACUUUGCAUUUUUUUUUACAUUUUUGCUUUUUAUUAAAUUACUAAGAAAUGCUGUACAAACUAAUUAGAUACAUAUGUAAAUAAUUCUCAUUCUCACCACCAGGUGCCAGUAGUUACCUGUAUAAAGUUAUCCUUGUAUUGUCUUAGUUAUAAUCUUAUAUAUUUAUACCUAAAGGUAUAAGGUAAAUAAGAAAUAUAUAAAUUCAUUUGGGCUUAAAAGAUAAACAUCUAAAAAGAUACUUUCUAUUACAAAAGCAAAACAAAACAAAACAAAAAUUAUACAUUGAUUCUGAAGGUCAAUAUGAACAGGGAUCUUAUGUGCUUUGAAAUGUUUUUUUGUUUUUUUACUGACAUGACAAACUAUGGUUGUAAAGGGGGACUGUACCAAGCAAAUGUUGUAAGCCAACUGUUUGUGCCAAGUACAACUGAAUCUGUCAAAGUGACAUAUUCUAUCCUACAUGGUCUUACAUUUUGACAUUUCAAGAAUUAUUUUCAAUAAAUAAAUUAUAUGUCGAUGUUGA